UUUGCAAGCUCUUUCCUUGUCAGAUUUCUCCCCGGGUGUUUGUGGACCAGCUUUUUAUUUUUAAUAUGCCUUGUAAAAGAAGAGAGGAAUUUUCAGCAGAGAAGGGAGGUAAAAGAUGUCAGGGACGUGACUGGCUGGUUGCUGAACAAUGAAACUGAUCCGAGGAAAACCUCCUUCCUGUGGAACUCGCAUGCCAUCCUAUGAGAAUCAAAGAGACAGGAUUGAGCAGAGAUGAGAAAGGAAGGAAAGGGAAGGCGGAAAAGGAAAGAAGACAAGAAACGAGUGGUGGUCUCCAACCUGCCCUUCGAAGGAUGUUCCCACAAAGAGAACCCCAACAGACAUUACGGUGGGAAUCAAAUUAAGACGAGCAAGUACACUGUGCUGUCCUUCGUGCCCAAGAACAUCUUUGAGCAGCUACACCGGUUUGCCAAUAUCUAUUUCGUGGGCAUUGCUGUUCUGAAUUUUGUCCCCGUGGUCAAUGCUUUCCAGCCUGAGGUGAACCUGAUACCCAUCUGUAUCAUCCUGGGGGUCACUGCCAUCAAGGAUGCUUGGGAAGACUUCCGGAGGUACAAAUCCGAUAAAGUGAUCAACAACCGAGAAUGCCUCGUCUACAGCAGGUAAAGCAAAAAUCCUUCGGGGAUGUCUCGUGGGCCCAGCUCUGUUCUGUCUGUGGCUGCUGCCCCUAUGGCUACUAUUUAGAGAAGGGAUGGAGUAGGGAGCUAACAUUAUUUUAUCUCAGUGAAGCUGUUCAGUUCUUCACAGUGAAGAUUAUGGUCUAAAACAAACAACAACAAAAAAAAACAAAAAACAGGAAACAAAAAUUAAAAUAGAGGCUUGACUCAAUUGUUCAGUUGUUUAUUAAAAUUUGGCCUUUAUUAUGUGACAUUUACUGUGCUGUAUCAAAUGUGUUCAGUAUCUAAGAAUUUUGCAUCAGUUCUCGUGUAUUCUUAGUCCUGUGUGGCCAUGAGCACAUUAGAGUUCAGAGCCCCUCCAGGGCAAGAGGCAUGGCUGUUUGGGGAGCAGAAGAGUGUUGUAUUAGGAGAAGCAGCAUCGGAGACACACUGCCUGAGUUGAACACUGUCUCUACCCUUAGGGAACUGUGUGACCUUAGGCAUCUGACCUACUCUCUCUGAGCCUCAUUUCUGCAUUCAAAAAAUCGAAACACUUCUGGGGUGUUCCCAAUGA